ACAGGAACAAAACGUCAAGAGUCAUGACUUCCGUUGACAACUGUGUAAAUGUUUUUUGUUUUUUCUCAUCUAUUUUCGACUUAAUUUCACGUGUGUUUGGUCACACAUGAAACCUACUUGAGUUUGAGUUCGGAGAAAAAAAAAAGAGAUGCGGAAAUUAAUAGAGAAAUCGGACCGAAGCGUUUCCAUGGCACCCUGCAAAGUUCUGUGAGUUGGGCUCUGAUCAGACGCCAUCUUGUUUCCUCAAAGGGGCUACUCACAGUUUGAUAACUUUACUCUAUUUAUAAAAUCAUUUACAUAUGUGUUAGACGAUUUUACAAACCAUAAUUAAUGGCUUUAUUAAUGGUUAAUGACUCAAUUGGUUGUUUUUUGUAGAGCAGAUAUCACAUGAAGCUAUCAAGUCUGUACUAAAAUGGCAAGAAGUCGAAACUUAAUGUCAAUGUGUUUCAAAUGUGCCAUCAGGAAACAAAACCUAUUUUGUUUUUACAGUCGGUUUUCUGUGGACAAUUCAUAAUGCCAGUAGUCAAUGCUUAAAGUAAAGCACGUUUCAUGAGUAGGACAAUGAAGUGUGACUUUAGUUUCAUUUCAACCACAAACACAAACAGACAAGAAAAGCACCUGACCAGUCAUAUGCAUCAUAGCCAAAGCGUGAAUGGAAACAGGAAGAUAACAGCGGAUACUGGGCAGGAUGAUAAGAAGAUUCAUAAGUGAGGCAUGUAGACUGGCAGGCUUAUUACACCUGUGGUUAGAGUAUAAUUUCCUGCCAAGCAUGAAACCAGUUUGAGCAGUCGUCGUUUGAAUUAGAGAGAACGAAGAGGGGAAACACAAGAAGAGGAUCUUCGUCAUGUCCUUCUGUAAAAAAUAGUAAGUAGUGAUUUAAUAGAGUUUCGAAAAUGAUUUUAAAUCGCUGUGUUUUGCUGUCUUUCUUGUUUAGCCUAAAAACAUAAGUCUUUUACUGAACUACUAUCAGCACUUUUAUAUACAAACUUAAUUGCGUACAUAACUUUAAAAUGAGUUCCGAUUAUACAAGUAUAAUCUUCUAUAAAGACUUGAAGAAGGAAAUGUCUUUCUUACAUCUAAGAUUAUGCACUGUUCUUUUUACAAGACCUAUCUUUACUAAAAUCAGCAUAUAACAUAGUUUUCGCAUACACUUCUUUUCUCUUCAACAGAUUUAUAGAAAAAUGGGGAAGUGAAACUGUUAAAUAGAACAGCAGUGUGUGGCAGCUAAAGUAAAAAUCCAAUUGAUUCAGUUUGUUAAGAUUUUUUUUUAAUGUCUUCUGCAAUGACAUGUGGGAUUUCUUUCCCCCCCCCCAGCUUUGCUUUUGGCCUGUCCAUCCCUGUGCGUAUCAUGCGUCUACUUUUCAUUAAACUCACCCUUGGGGUAAAGUUAUUAUUCUGCUGUCUGUGUUUAUUUUUCAUCAUAUACUGCUACCUCAACAACACAGCCAUGUUUUCAGACCACACUAUGGGAAUUAUGGGGAGAUGGACAGGAUCCAGCCUUGAGCAUGCUGGCAAAUUGCAAAAUGUCACAGGUCUCGAGUGCCCACCAGGAUUUUACACCAAACAGGAGCUCAAGCCUCACCUUCCGAGGCCUCUGCAAGAUCCCGAGGCACAAGGCGCUAAUGGAGAGCCGUUUGUGUCACACCAUAUGACUGGUGAAGAACAUAAAGAAUAUUUACAAGGAUAUCGUAACAACCAGUACAACCAGUUUGCCAGUGACCGUAUCUCUCUGCACCGUGAUCUGGGGGAAGACACAAGACAUCCAGACUGCUUGGGACAGAAGUUUUGGCGUUGUCCCGGCCUCCCUACCACCAGCGUGAUCAUAGUGUUUCAUAACGAGGCCUGGUCCACUCUGCUCCGGACAGUCUACAGUGUCUUACACACAGCUCCGGCUGUUCUGCUCACAGAGAUCAUAUUGGUGGAUGACGCCAGCACAGAUGAUAAACUGAAGGCUCCCCUGGAUGAAUAUGUGCAACAGCUGAAUAUCGUGCGUGUUGUGCGUCAGAGGCAGAGGAAAGGUUUGAUCACAGCCAGACUGCUGGGAGCUCAGGCUGCGCGUGGAGAGGUCCUCACCUUCCUGGAUUCCCACUGUGAAUGCUUCCCUGGAUGGCUGGAGCCUCUUCUGGCUCGGAUAGCGGUACAACCCACUGCUGUGGUGAGCCCAAAAAUCAACUCUAUUGACCAAGAUAACCUACAUUUCAAUAAGCCAAUCCCUAAACGGCUUCAAUACAGUCGAGGGAAUUUUGACUGGAGGCUCAGGUUCGGAUGGGAGAUCGUCCCCAAGGAACAGAUUAAUCGGCGGGAAAGUGAGACUUAUCCUAUAAGAACUCCUACCUUCGCUGGUGGCCUGUUCUCUAUAUCUAAGGCGUACUUUGAGUUUAUCGGAACUUAUGACGAUCAGAUGGAGUUCUGGGGAGGAGAGAAUCUGGAAAUGUCCUUCAGGGUCUGGCAAUGUGGAGGUCAGAUGGAGAUUAUUCCUUGUUCUGUUGUAGGACACAUUUUCCGCAGGAAGAGCCCCCACAGGUUCCCCAACGGCACAAACGUAGUCACCCGCAACUUGGUGCGGCUGGCUGAAGUCUGGAUGGACGACUACAAAUGGAUCUUCUAUCGCGCUUACAGAAAGGCUGGUUACAUUUUUAAAGCGAAUUCGUUUGGAGAUGUUGCUGAACGUCGUGAACUCAGGGAGAGACUAAACUGCAGGAACUUCACGUGGUACCUGAACAAUAUUUAUCCAGAAGCCUUCGUCCCUGACAUCAGGCCUGUCAUUUGCAAAACACUGGUUGGAAGUGUCACUUGGAUGUGGUGAAGACAAAAAGGAAAUGGCAGCCUGUAAAAAAGGUCCAAUGCAACAACAAACGGGAGGCACAGUAUUUCGAGUAUACAUCCCAUCAAGAGUUGCGGCCCAGCGCUGGUAUUGAGUUUUGUUUAGCUGCGACCCCUGGAGGAGCUCUGGUGUCUCUUCAACAGUGUCGAGAGAAAAAACCAACCCCACAGCAUGUGUGGAUCUUCACAGAG